CGCCACUUCCCAUCAGCAACAAGUUUAAUUAUAUAUCUCCUCUUUUUCUUCCUUCUUAUAGCAACAAAUAAUCAAAAUCAUGGGUUCUAGUUGGCUUUGUUUCUCUUUGAGUUUGCUUCUGGUUUUGCAUGGUACCUUUGCUCAGCAAAGAUACCAACAACAGCAAGGCGAGUGUCAACUCAAUAGACUUAACCCUCAAGAACCCAAUGUUCGCAUUCAAGCUGAAGCUGGUGUAACUGAGAUAUUCGACCCAAAUAGCCAGCAGUUCCAAUGUGCUGGCGUAUCCCUUAUUCGCCACGUCAUCCAGUCUAGAGGCAUGUUGUUGCCUUCUUACCUUAACACUCCUCUGCUUGCCUAUGUUGAACGAGGUAGGGGAUUUUAUGGUAUCUUGAAUUCUGGAUGCCCUGAAACAUUCCAGUCAUCACAGCAAUUUCAGCAAGGUGAAAGGGGUGCAGGUUCAAGAUUCCAAGAUCGACACCAGAGGAUUGGACAGUUCAGACAGGGUGACAUUGUUGCCUUCCCUGCUGGAGCUGCUCACUGGGCUUAUAAUGAAGGAAAUGAGGAGCUUGUUCUUGUUGUUUUCGAGGACAGCAGUAACAAUGCCAACCAGCUCGAUCAAACUUCAAGGAGAUUCUUCAUAGCUGGAAACCCACAACAAGGAGAACAGCAACAGGGACAAGGAGGUGGUCGCAGCUUGCGCAGGCAACAAUUCCAAUCUGGAAAUGUCUUCAGUGGCUUUGAAGAUGAGUUGCUGGCUGAGGCAUUCGGCGUAGACAGGGAAACAGCAAGGAAGCUUAAGGGACAGGAUGACCAGAGAGGCCACAUUGUUAACAUUGAACAAGGUCUUAGAGUUGUGAGGCCACCAUUCUCACAAGAACAAGAGGAGCGCGAGGAGAGACAAGAACAAGGACAGUAUGGUCCUCGCAUGAACGGAAUUGAGGAAACCAUCUGUUCCGCUAAAGUCAGGCAGAACAUCGACAACCCCGCUCGUGCUGAUAUCUACAACCCACAGGCUGGACGCUUCACCACUGCCAACAGCCUCACUCUUCCCAUUCUCAACUUCCUCAGACUCAGCGCCGCUAGAGGAGUUCUCUACAGAAACUCAAUCAUGGCACCACACUGGGUGACGAACGCACACAGCGUAAUCUACAUAACAAGGGGAGAAGCAAGGAUCCAGAUAGUUGAUCACAGAGGACAAGCAGUGCUAGAUGACAGAGUUCGACAGGGGCAGGUUGUGGUAGUACCACAGAACUACGCCGUGGUGAAGCACGCCGAAAACGAAGGUGUUGAGUGGGUAGAAUUCAACACCAACUCCAAUGCCAUGAUCAACACAUUGAGUGGACGCACUUCAGCUAUUCGAGGAUUGCCUGUCGAUGUGAUCGCUAAUUCUUACCAGAUUUCGAGGGACGAGGCAAGGAGGCUGAAGUUCAACAGGGAGGAAACUCUAAUUUUCCGCGCUUCAGGAAGGUCUCGCUCAUCAGAGAGAAUUGCUGCUGCUUAAUUCGAAUGUUUUGCUUUUAUUAUGUAUGUACUAAGCUAAGCUAAAAAGCAUCUUUAAUAAAACAGAGGACCUUAUGGGGUCAUCUUACUAUGAUGUAAUGGCAACUGUUAUGUAAAUGUAAAAGCGGCAAGUUCUUGUACUUUGGAAAUAAAAGGAGAACUACGUAGCUUUUUCCUUUUUGAGCUAA